UGCUCGCUUCAUUCAAUAAAACAAUCGAAACUGACUAGAAGUAGCUGCCUCAGCUCACUGGAUGUAAAAGUGCUAGACAUUUGUCCUUUUGUUAUUUUAGGCCACGCUAGAGCACAAGUCGCAGUAUGCUUUGGAAUGUUGCAUUUAAUACAAGGACUAUACAAAUGACUGCAAUAUAGCUUACCAUGACUUCCACAUAAACACUGCUAACUUAAGUCAUUAGCUAGCAAGCUAGCUGGCUAUUUUGCUUGUUAAUAGUUUUAGUUAGCUAGCCUAGCUCGGUAGGAUACAUACACAAGUUAGUCAUCCAGCUUUUUCGGAGCACUAGCGUUUGAUUUGAUGCCAUUGGUCUAUGUCCCUUCGCUUUAGUUAGUAUAGCAAACAGCUAGCUAGCGAGCUAGCUAUGUAUAUCUUUAGCUAACUAUUAUGUUUAUGUCGUAAACUAGCUAGCUAACUGGCAAGCCUAGCUAUAACGUUAACUGAGAGAAUAAGGUUUUGGUUGAUACAGUACGAUAUUCCGUUAAAUUGAGAUGUCUGAUGUUGAGAACGCAAAGUCCUUUUGGUCUGAAGUGGAUGUUGACUUGGCGUUUGAGGAACUACUGGAAUUUCUCAUAUGUCUAAGAGAUGCCAUCAAAAAUAACACAGCCUCAGACAAAGGGUACAUCCAGGGCAUGAAUGUCAUCCUGGCAUCUGGGGUGUCACUUAAUACAGUCUUGAAGAAUGACUCCUUUGAAGAGGUGCUCAUCAGUGAAGAUAUACUGACAGUGUCUGUGUCAGACUCUCACUAUACUCAGCUGAAAAUGAAGGAUGGACCUGUACCAGAGGACAUCUUAAACGAGGACAGCUCAAGCGGUUCAAGGAACCUGGAAUUCAGUUCGGACAACAGCCAGAUGUCUUUAACCAGCAGAAAUGAUGCUGUGUUGUCAGGGAAAUGUGACUUUUCGAACCACAUGGUUCAACUGUCGCCACCCAGCCUUUCAGCGGACAACCACCUGGCACCCCUGUCGCCUGUCCAGGUUUCCUACCAGCAGCAUGACUGCAGCCCAUUCUGCCUCUCUCACCUGCUGCCUCACACGGACCGUUUUCCAGGUCAGAAUCCCUUGAGAGUACCUCUUCUCUGUCACUUCCAGCGGCACUAUGCAAAGGCCAGCCUAUUUGUAGGGCAGGAGACAGAGCCCAAAGGGGAGGAGCUGGACUUGGAGGUGAACGUGUUCUACAAAGCCCCAUGUGGGCGGAGCUUGCGUUGCAUGGCCAACGUGCUUCAGUUCCUGCAGCAGACAGAGAGCCUUGGAAUCCUACAGCCGUCGAACUUUAGCUUCGAGCCGCAGGUGCUGUUGGACCGCCAGGCUCAGCCUGGACCGUCUGGAUUCACCCCUUCGCUUCCAGUAGCCAUCUUGUUUGAAAGAGACAUAAGCCGUGGGGCAGAGGUGGUGCCAGUUCCCCUGUGCAAUGACGUGGACGGUGUCCGGCCGAAGGAAUUUCGUUACCGUAAGGAGCGCUGGCCCCACGGCUGUUUUCUGAGCGUGUCCCCGUUUUUCUUGGCCUGCUGUGACUGCACAGACGACUGCGUGGACCCUCGGAGCUGCUCGUGCCUUCAGCUCUCUCUGAAGGCUGGGGCUGACCCAGGCCAGCUUUAUGCUUAUCAGCGGCUAGACGAGCCCUUGCACACAGGACUAUAUGAAUGCGGCCCUUGGUGUGGAUGCAAUCGAAGUGGAUGCCAGAACCGUGUGGUCCAGCGUGGACUCCAUGUUCGUCUGCAGGUGUUUCGCACCUGCGACAAAGGGUGGGCUGUGCGCUGUCGUGAUGACCUCGACAAAGGGACCUUUGUCUGUACUUAUGCAGGUGUUGUCCUCAGGCUCGAACGGAGCUUAGAGGAGCCUGCGUCCUCUAGGAACCAGAAAGAGGAGCCAGUGUCUGAUGAUGAGGUGGAGGUGGUGGAGGAGUGGACCCUCCCUGCAGGGCAGCAAAAACCAGCAAGCGAGGCUCUGCACACCUCUCCUCCUCUCUACGUUCCUGUGAUUCAGCGACCUGUUGAUCAGCCCGCAGUGGUGCUAGAUGGAGAGCGGGAACAACAGUGUUCAGAUACACAGGAGGAAACAAACACCUGCUCACCUGAUUCCAAUAAAACAGACCGGGAUGCUGAAGGAAAAGUAACAAGGAAGAAACUCCGGCUAGAUGGUAACGAGGGAAAACGUGACCCCAGCUAUGCAGACCAGACAGUUCCUAUAAGACAUGUACCGAAAGAGGCCUCUCAGGAACAAAUGUAUUACCUUGACGCUUCGAAAGAAGGAAACGUGGCAAGGUUUCUUAAUCAUAGUUGCAAUCCAAACCUUUUUGUCCAGAAUGUCUUUGUUGAUACCCAUGAUCCCAAAUUUCCAACCAUUGCCUUCUUUACAUGCAGACCUGUAAAGGCAGGAACUGAACUGACCUGGAACUACUCCUAUAACCCAGGAAGCAACCCUGAGCAUGAGGUGCCAUGCCUGUGUGGUUAUAACAGCUGCCAAGGUUGUGUCAUCUGAGGAUUGUGCAAGCACAGAGGCAGGUGUUGCAUGUGCUACUGUGGCUCAGCUAUGUGGGCAGAAAGACCAAAUAAGCACAGGAAGCCUGUAUAGCCCUCUUAUGAAACCCCACCCCUAUGGUGAAAACACUGAGGACAGGCCUAAUCUUUCUUUAGAUAUGUGCAAACAUCCAAGCUGUGUUAUCAUUAAAGUGGACUACUGUUCCCCACUGUAACUAAAGCAAUGCUUUAAGAAGCUUUAACAGGUGCCAUCGCUUAUAGGAGCUGAAAUAAACUUUUU